AUGAACAAGCCGCUGUGCCAAGAAGACUUCAUGGCGAUGGAAGACCAACUGAAGAAUUGUGUUGAGGAUGAUAGAAAGUAUUGGAGAGUAAACAGCGUCAAGUGUGACGCCAUACACACAGCCAAGAGCUAUGAGGAGUUCGCGGAUCGCGUUGCUGCUGCUCAUCUGAGGCCUUUGGAGAAGAAAGAUUAUAAGAACCAGAGUGUUCGUGGAUGGAAUCAGUACGCGUCGAAAGAAAAGACUUGUGAUGAAUAA